AUGUCAUUUCAUCUAAGCUCCUCUCCUUCUUCUCUUCUCCAUGAUCCUCAUCCUCUCUGCAACUUGCUCUCAGUUAAUCCCAAAUCCACUCCAAGGAGUUUCUUUUCUCCUUACAACCCCAAUUCUCCUCCCUUCCACUCCAGAAACCUUCUCCAAAUAAGCCAUGUUUCCGUACAAGAGGCGAUUCCGCAGGAAACCCAGAGCGAAAAAUCCGCACUUGACGCGAACGUGGGCUCCAAAAGCUACGUCUGGGUGAAUCCCAAGAGUCCGAGAGCUUCUCAGCUCCGUAGAAAAUCGUACGAUUCGAGGUACUCUUCUCUUAUCAAACUAGCAGAGUCUCUGGACGCGUGUGAGGCAAACGAGGCUGAUGUUUGCGACUCAAUUACUGGGUUUGGUGGUAAGCUCUUUGAGCAAGAUGCUGUUGUUACCCUCAACAACAUGAAAAACCCAGAAACCGCGCCUCUUGUGUUAAAAAUCCUCCUUGAGACGCUGAAACCGAGCCGGGAAGUGAUUCUCUUCAACGUCACCAUGAAGGUGUUCAGGAAAUGCAAGGAUCUCGAGAGUACGGAGAAGCUGUUCGACGAAAUGCUUGAGAGAGGAGUGAAACCGGACAACGCAACUUUCACUACGCUAAUCAGCUGUGCGAGGCAGUGUGCUUUGCCUAAGAGAGCCGUUGAGUGGUUUGAGAAAAUGCCUCUCUAUGGUUGUGAGCCUGAUAACGUCACUUUGGCAGCUAUGAUCGAUGCUUAUGGGCGUGCUGGUAACGUUGACAUGGCCCUGAGCUUGUAUGAUCGUGCAAGGACUGAGAAAUGGCGUAUUGACCCUGUUACGUUUUCGACUUUGAUUAGGAUUUAUGGUUACUCUGGAAACUUUGAUGGGUGUCUCAAUAUCUAUGAAGAGAUGAAGUCUCUUGGGGUGAAGCCAAAUCUGGUUAUUUACAAUAGGUUGUUAGAUUCUAUGGGGAAAGCCAAGAGGCCUUGGCAGGCUAAGAUCAUCUACAAGGAUCUUCUUAGCAAUGGCUUUGAACCCAAUUGGAAUACUUAUGCUGGUCUUAUUAGAGCCUAUGGUAGAGCCCGUUAUGGAGACGAUGCACUUGUUAUCUACCGAGAGAUGAAGGAAAAAGGUUUGGAGUUAACUGUGAUGCUUUACAAUACUCUCUUGUCCAUGUGUGCUGAUAUCGGAUUUGUGGAUGAGGCAUUUGAGAUUUUCCAAGAUAUGAAGAGUUGUGGGACUUGUGAUCCUGACAGCUGGACCUUCUCGUCGCUAAUCACUGUGUACUCUUGCAGUGGGAGGGUUUCAGAGGCUGAGGCUGCUCUGCUUCAGAUGAGAGAAGCUGGCUUUGAGCCUACUCUUUUUGUUCUUACGUCAGUUAUCCAGUGUUAUGGGAAGGCCAAGCAGGUGGAUGAUGUUGUGAGGACGUUCGAGCAAGUCUUGGAACUGGGAAUAACUCCGGACGACAGAUUCUGUGGGUGUCUUCUGAAUGUAAUGACACAGACACCGGUAGAAGAAAUCAGUAAGCUCAUUAGCUGUGUGGAGAAGGCUAAGCCGAAGCUUGGUCAUGUGGUGAAGAUGUUGGUCCAGGAGGAAAACUACGAGGCAGGAGUGUUCAAGAAGGAAGCAUCUGAGUUGAUUGAUUCCAUCGGCCCUGAUGUAAAGAAAGCAUAUUUGAAUUGCUUGAUUGAUCUCUGUGUCAAUCUCAAUAAGUUGGAAAGAGCUUGUGAGAUCCUACAACUGGGGCUAGAGUACGACAUUUACUCCGGUCUCCAAUCCAAAUCUGCUACACAAUGGUCCUUACAUCUGAAAAGUCUUUCUCUUGGGGCAGCUUUGACCGCUCUUCACGUUUGGAUAAACGACUUGUCAGAGGCUGCUCUGACAUCCGGAGAAGAGUUCCCUCCAUUGCUUGGAAUCAACACUGGACAUGGGAAACACAAAUACUCAGACAAAGGUUUGGCAGGUGUUUUUGAGUCUCACUUGAAAGAGCUAAAUGCUCCUUUCCAUGAAGCUCCGGAUAAGGUUGGCUGGUUUUUGACUACCAGUGUUGCGGCAAAGGCAUGGUUGGAGUCUAGACGUUCACCUGCAGAGGUUUCUGCGUAG